CCUAGCCUGUGGAUCAUGGCAAAUUUGAGCCAGCCCUCCAAAUUUGUCCUCUCGGGCUUCUCCUCCUUCGGUGAGCUGCAGGCUCUUCUGUUUGGCCCCUUCCUCAUGCUUUAUCUUCUCGCCUUCAUGGGAAACACCAUCAUUAUAGUUAUGGUCAUAGCUGACACCCACCUACAUACACCCAUGUACUUCUUCCUGGGCAAUUUUUCCCUGCUGGAGAUCUUGGUAACCAUGACUGCAGUGCCCAGGAUGCUCUCAGACCUGCUGGUCCCCCACAAAGUCAUUACCUUCACUGGCUGCAUGGUCCAGUUCUCCUUCUACUUUUCCCUGGGUUCCACCUCCUUCCUCAUCCUGACAGACAUGGCCCUUGACCGCUUUGUGGCCAUCUGCCACCCACUGCGCUAUGGCACUCUGAUGAGCCGGGCUGUGUGUGUCCAGCUGGCUGGGGCUGCCUGGUCAGCUCCUUUCCUAGCCAUGGUACCUACUGUCCUCUCCCGAGUUCAUCUUGAUUACUGCCAUGGCAAUGUCAUUAACCACUUCUUCUGUGACAGCGCACCUCUCCUGCAGUUGUCCUGCUCUGACACUCGCCUGUUGGAAUUCUGGGACUUUCUGAUGGCCUUGGCCUUUGUCCUCAGCUCCUUCCUGGUGACCCUCAUCUCCUAUGGCUACAUAGUGACCACUGUGCUGCCGAUCCCGUCUGCCAGCAGCCGCCGGAAGACUUUCUCCACCUGCGGGUCUCACCUCACACUGGUCUUCAUUGGCUACAGUAGUACUAUCUUUCUGUAUGUCAGGCCUGGCAAAGCUCACUCUGUGCAAGUCAGGAAGGUCGUGGCCUUGGUGACUUCAGUUCUCACCCCCUUCCUCAAUCCCUUUAUCCUUACCUUCCGCAAUGAGACAGUUAAAACAGUGCUACAGGGGCAGAUGCAGAGGCUGAAAGGCCUUUGCAAGGCACAAUGAUGAGCCUGGGGCCUGGGGGGACCUGGCCUGCCUCCAUGGAGCAGUUCUGUGGGGAGG